AUGGCUGCUCGAAACUUGGACGGACCCCUCACUGAUAUUCCUGAGAACGUCUCGCGAGAUGAGUUGAUACGCUGGGCCGCACAGCCAGGGCAGUAUAACCUCUUCCCAGGAAACCCCGUCAGGCUGCAGUCGUGCGGAACUAACAUCCAAGGACAAAUUUACUCCAAUAACGGAAGCCAUACAGAAGAUCUGCGAAGCAUUCGCAGCGCCUACGUACAACAAGUCGAGUCGUUUAAAGCUAGACGACAUGAGAACCUGAGGGCACUACGGCAGCAAAAGUCACAUAAGAGUGUCCGCAUGGCCUUUUACCAGUGGAAUGCGGAGUUUUUAACACCGAACGCAUUCGAAAUAGUUUAUCAUUUCAUUCCUGGAAGAGCAGAGCGGCCAGAUGUUGACGAAGUUGAAGCAAUCUUCGUUACAGUUCAAGAUAACAACGGCAGAAGCAAGUCUGAACACCGAAGGUUCAUGAGGAAGGUCACUGGUGCGUUAAACGCAUUGAGUGACAUUCCGUCGUGCAGUAUUGUUGAUUCAACGUUCAACGAGCUGUCCAACAUUGUUGGGACAAAACCCACUGCCCAAGGGCCUGUGGCGAACCGUCAGGUCACUUAUAUGUUUGCCCGCGACGGUAUCGUUAACCCGGGUUCCACUCACAAAUGUUCUUGGAGCUUCCAUGUACGCAAGAAGGAAUUUGUCGGAAUUUCUACAGCGUGCGUGGGUAUAGGGCGUCUCCUAGUGCUCGGCAUUCAUCUUCCCACCCUCAAGGAAGGACAGAGCCACUUUGUACGACUUUUGCUGCAACAUGCCGCCUCCAAGUGCAUUCCCGAUGACUACGACAGCGAGAGCCUAAACUACUUCAAUGCGGGAGUCUAUAUGGCGAUAUUGUGCAACAGCUGCGAUACAUGA